CGGAGCACGUCACCACUCCUAGUGUGUCAGGCCUUCGGCAGCGCCCCUUGCAUUCGACUGGAGAUCAGGCCACUAGCCCUGGUGUCGGCCACACCUGGUCUGCUUUUUUCUGCUUGCCUCCUGCUCCCUCUUCGUGCCUAUCGCUACUUGUCCGAAACACCAUAAUACCUUGGUUCUAUCGGAGAACUUUCCCUGGUUUCUGACGAGCAGAUCGCACAAGCCGCUGCCUGCCUCAGCCGCUCAUACUGCCAUUGCUGUACAUGCUGUGUGCGACCGAGCUUUCACUCGGGUCGACGAAGUGGUGCUCACACAGCGGGGUAACGCUAAUUGCUCACUAUUCUACCAAGUGCUCCACAGCAUGAGCUGGCCUGGCUUCCAUUGAUGGCUCCAUGAGCUUGCUCUUGACCGGCACUUCUGCUUCAAAAUCUUGUUUGAACGCCGCUCACAUCAGAGUGAAUUAAGUUUUGUUGCUUAUGGGUUAUCCCCGCAUCACGGUAUCCACGCCUGGGUGAUCACAUCAAGCUGCAGCCUACAUGGCGCUCGGAGCGGUAACGUUUUUGUACCCACCACCCACUCACUGACCCCCCACCCAGUGUGGCCUAGUUGCCUUCCCCCCAUGUGCAUGAUCUGUUCCCCCCUACUCCCCCACUCCCCUACCUCUCCUCUCCCGUUCGUCUGACAAGUCUAGGAGCCCGGGCUGUGGUUGAUUGACGGCUCGUGUCCCUUUUGGUACACAAUGGGGGUAGUUUAGUUCUUCGCCAAUACAAGGGCCGCACAACCGAAUUGGGACAUUCACUUCUUUUCUACCACAACCUUCGUAUCAGUGUGGAGUUACUUGCUUGUUAGCGAGGACUUGAUUUUAACAAUUUAACAUGGGCGAGUGCAUCUGGUUUUGUUUUGCUGGGGUGAUGGUUUGUUGUGGUUGACACUUAGGCACUCCUGUACGCUUCCUUGUCGGAGUUCUGAGGUGUGUUGGUGCUCCGGAUUCGGCAUCGAUCGAAAGGAUUCCUCGCCAUCAACUUGGAUACGUUGGUCAUUGUGCAUAUCACCCUCGUCUUCUUGAUUGUGCUUCUGGCAUACCUCACCUUCCUGACAUUCAUGGAUGUUCAGCCUCUGCUGACAUUCCCGGGUGGGAACAGGAAUAGCAAUGUAUUUUUUGCGAUCCAGUCGAAGUGGUGCAAGGCCUAGUACCUUUUAUUAGAAGAGAGGUUCUCCCCGUCACCUCGGACUGCGUGGCUGGGAGCAACUUGAGUAUAGUGCCAUUGAUUUUGGACGACACCGUUUCAUUCCCUACUUCGCCCUUUCCCACCCCCUCUUACUGUGCAGUCUAUUCUGCCUCUCCUGCGUCUCUACUCUCCUAUCCUCAAUCCUUGCCUCACCAUGGUUCUAUGCACUCUUUGCCCUCCCCUCUUCAGGCCUGUUCACUUGCCCUACUGAAUCUUUGGAACCUCGAACCCAGAUUAGCUAUCUUAUGGUGGCUUUGAUCCUCCUGAUGAAUUCUUGUUCAUGCAUCAUAGCCGGGGUAGAAGUAGUUCAGUUCCCGCUGAUCGCUAAUACUUCUUCGUUUCGAUAUGAGCAUUUCUGGAUGUCUUUCGGACCUUUGGAUAGUGAGCGGAGCUUUUCUCCGGGGUAGGGCCUGCAUGGUUUGAGAGUGUCAUGAAUGAGGAGGAACUGCGAAUGAGGGCGGUAGGUUUUCUGCUGAUUUGAUCGUACUUGCAUGAGUUAUUUUCUGAAGGGCUAGUACUUCGUCUAUAAUCGGCUCUCGACGUGGGAUGUGGGACUCACAACAUGGGGAUGAACGGCGGGCAUGAGACUUGCUCAGUAGCAUGGGGCGCGUACAAAUCAUUUGCCGAGAAGGGUAGGGUACACGAUUGGUUCGGCAGCAUCAAGGAUGAUCUCCAAAGGAUGGGUUCCGAUGAGUCGCCAGGGAUGACCUCCGGAAGGAAUUGGCUGCUAUUGCUGAGGAUUGAUGGCGGGGAAUCACUGGUCACGGAUGGAUGGUCAUGUGGUGUUGAUAAUGGUUGUGUCGGUUUGGUUAGUACGUUUCAUCGGGUUGUGCUCGGGGAGGUUGAUUGAUGUUUCGUGAGUAAUGGGAUGCUUUAACCCUCAGCGGACCUUUGGAUAGUGAGCAGAGCUUUUCUCUGGGGCAGGGCCUGCAUGGUUUGAGAGUGUCAUGAAUGAGGAGGAACUGAGAAUGAGCACGGUGGGAUUCCUGCUGAUUGGAUCGUAGGUGCCUGCGCUCUUUCCGAGGGGUUAUAAUUGACUCUCGAUGUGGGGUGUGGGACUCACGACAUGGGGAUGAAUGGCGGGCACGAGACUUGCCCAGUUGCAUGAGGUGUGUACAGAUCAUUCUCUGAGAAGGGUAGGGUACGCGUUUGACUCGACAGCAUCGGGGAUGGCUUCCAAAUGAUGGGUUCCGCCGAGUCACCAGGGAAGACCUCCAAAAUAAAUAAUUUGGCUGCUAUUACUGAGGAUUGAUGGCGGGGCUGUUCGAUAGGACUGGAGGUGAUGACAAGUAUUGUGAGUCGUUUGUGAUGUACCGGUUGAGUUUGAGUUGGAGGAUGGGUUGGGGGUGGUGGGCGAUGUUUCGGAGUAAUGGUUCGGAAGUCGAUCUCUACCGAAUGGAGUACGGUGGGUGCGGCACGGGAUCUCGCUCGAUAAGAGCGGCAACCGGUUCGCUUGGAUUCUUUUCAUGGGUAAUUGCUUUCGUAACGAGAGGUCAGGCUCUUAUGCUUUACCACGGAAGGCGUUAUUCUGAGUAGACUGGUCACGGAUGGAUGGUCAUGUGUUGUUGAUAAUGCUUGUGUCCGUUUGGUUUCUACGUUUCGUCGGGUUGUGCUCGGGAGAUUGAUUGAUGUUUCUUGCUGCUCACCCUUGACAGAGACUGGAGGGUUGCUCUCAUAUUUUGUUACUUUGAAUGAUGAACUCCGGUGUCUGGCCACGGAGCUCUAUGCAUUGUGUCCUUUAAAACGACUUCAUCGUACUUUCAUUAAAAAGUACAUGACCUAUCGAAAGUUUGAUUGGCAUAUUUCACUGUCUUUUCGAUGGUACUUCCUAUUAUUUUUCGCUUUGGGGCUUUUAAGUGAUGUUUGGAUUUGCAGGGUGUGGCUGUUCUAUUUCUGUGUUUAAAAGGGGCAAUUGCAUGAUCAUUCCGAAAUCGCUUCCUGGUAUAAUUUGUUACCGUUCCAUAAGGCUUACAAUGCGGUUCCAUCCUUUUCCGAGCACGAAUGAUCUACUGAUCUUCUGACUGGUGACUCCUCAUGGAUGGAUUCGUUUGUGGCUCCAUCACGCCCCACGCAAGCACUUAUUUGCCUAGUCCCCGCCAGAGUGCUGGAGUUUGUGCGGAUCCAUUCAAUUGGGGCUUCGACUCCUCUAAUUACGAUCCUCUCCUUUGACCACAGGGCUGAAUCAGAUCUUUUAUGGACUGCCGCACACGACAAACCAGCUUUCCUCAAUCUCACCGAGUAUCUUGUUACGGAGUCACGUAACAUUGUGGGGGUGCACUGGUGGACCUUUGUGUUGGUGACAACCUAGCUUUGAAGAAGAAGGUUUUCGUAGAUCUCUGGGGAGCAGAGUCCAACUUUCAUGCGGGUAUAAUUCAGAGGGACCUUAUGGUCCCUGCUGACCAGUCGAGGUCCGAGUAUGGGGAAGGGGAGGGAGAGGAGGAUCCCCUCGAUCUGACGGAGGAGGAGAGGUAAUAGCACGCAAAGAUGUUGGCCAGAGGGAGAAAGGAAAAGGUGAGGGUGGUGGUAGCAAACUAGAGGGCGCAGAUGAGUAAGUUUGCUCGGAAUGCCUUCUUACCUACAAUUCCUACUAGAUGGGCGGAAUCGCAGUCCAGGGGUGUGGAUGACAAGUUAUGGGAUCUCCCCACAUUCAAUUAUGUGGCAGUUAUCCGUGCUGAUUCUUACCGCUUCAUUGCGUCCCUCACGGACCAGGAGAUGACUAAAUGUAAUGAGAAGGCGCUCACUGAGAACAUUGAUCCGUGUAGGGGGGACUUUCCACUCACUGCGAACACAAUGAAUCUCCCGGUGAUAG